ACAUUACACAUUCACUCUGCACUUCUCUCACAGGUUCAACCGGCAGGCAAACCACCAUGGCUCAGGACAUGACUCUGCUGUGGGGCUCCGGCUCCCCGCCCUGCUGGAGGGUCAUGAUCAUGCUGGACGAGAAAGAGCUGAAGGGAUACAACCAGAAGCUGCUCUCCUUUGAGAAAGGCGAACACAAAUCCCAGGAGGUCCUGGAUAUCAACCCCAGGGGUCAGCUUCCUGCCUUCAAGAUUAAAGAUUACAUCCUGAAUGAGUCCUAUGCUGCCUGCAUUUUCCUGGAGAUCCAGUACAAGUCCCAGGGAACCAAGCUGACCCCUGACUGCCCCAUGGAGCUGGCCCUGAUGUACCAACGCAUGUUUGAGGGUUUCUCACUCCUCCAGAAAACUGGUCAAGUUCUCUACUACGACUAUAAUGUUCCAGAGAAUGAGAGACACGAAUCUGCUCGGACCAGAAACAAAGAGGCUCUGACCACUGAGGUCAAGCUGUGGGAGGGAUACCUGGCAUCUUCGUCAGGCUUUCUGACAGGAAAGACCUUCUCGCUGUCGGACGUGACCGUCUUCCCCAACAUUGCUUACCUCUUCCGCAGCGGAUUAUGCGAGAAGCGCUACCCUAACCUGGCCAAGUACUACAAUGGUCUGAAGGACAGACCCAGCAUCAAAGCCAACUGGCCUCCUCACUGGAAAGAGAGCUGCGAGUGCCAGGUGCUGCUGAAAGAUAUCUGAGAUGCAAAUGCUCGUCAGGGAAUUCCACAACCUGUGUUUUCUACUAUCUUAACCACUCCUAGCAUUGUACUACUCUGAUGCUCCCCAUUUCUAACAAAGUCUCUUCUACUGUGAUGGGAACGUUUCAGACAUCAUUUGUAACAAAAAUGACUUUUGCGGGGUUUGAAAUAUAAUAAAAAGGUGAGUUUCAG